GAAGGUCCCGGGCGGGAAUCCGAUCAGUUUGACAGAUCGGCAGGGCACAUGGUGAGCUAAUAGCGCUCCUACCACUACAACUGCCUCUCAGUCUACACGGGUAAACAUGUCAGAAAAUUCGGUGAAGGUGGCUGUGAGGGUCCGUCCCUUCAACCAGAGGGAGAAGGAUCGACAGGCAAAAUGCGUUCUCACAAUGCAGGGUCAGAUGACAACAAUAUCCAAUCCAGAUGCUCCUAAUGAAGAACCCAAAAAGUUUUCCUUUGAUUAUUCAUACUGGUCACAUGAUGGAUUUGAAGAAGCAGCCAACGGUGUCCUGGAAGCGAAGAAAGGCUCAAAUUAUGCUAGUCAGAGAAUUGUGUUUGAGGAUCUUGGACAGGGAGUGUUAAAUAAUGCUUUUGAAGGCUAUAAUUGCUCAUUAUUUGCCUAUGGGCAGACAGGAGCUGGCAAAUCCUACUCCAUGGUGGGCUAUGGACCAAACAAAGGUAUUGUGCCAAUCACUUGUGACGAGCUCUUCAAGACCAUGAGGGCAAAUACAGAUUCAAACAAGAGGUUUGAGGUCACAUUUUCCAUGCUGGAAAUCUACAAUGAACAAGUGCGAGAUCUGUUGUCCAAAGACAACCCCAAAGGUGGGCUUCAGGUGCGUCAGAACCCCAAACUUGGUCUGUUCUACGUGGAGAACCUGAAGCGUGUGGCUGUGGGUAGUUACGAGGACAUAGAGAAGAGGAUGGAGCAAGGUACAGCGAGCAGAACUGUGGCAUCUACGAAUAUGAACGCCACCAGUAGUAGAGCUCACACAGUGGUGACAAUAACAUUUGACCAAAUCAUGAAGACAGAUAGUGGGUCAGAAACCAAGAAAAGCAGCGUGAUGAACUUGGUGGACUUGGCAGGUUCUGAGAGAGCCGACAGUACCGGGGCCACUGGGGACAGAUUGAAAGAAGGUGCUAACAUCAACAAGUCCCUGUCAGCUUUAGGCAAUGUCAUCUCAGCUCUGGCUGACCUCUCCAUGGGGAAGAAAAAAACCAUGGUGCCAUACAGGGACUCUGUACUUACCAAGCUGUUACAAAAUGCCUUGGGUGGAAACAGUAAAACCAUCAUGAUAGCUGCCCUGUCUCCAGCUGAUAUUAACUUUGACGAGACACUGGGAACACUUCGCUAUGCUGAUCGGGCAAAGAAAAUCAAAAACAAAGCUGUUAUCAAUGAGAAUCCCCUGGACAAACUGAUCCGGGAGCUCAAGGAAGAAAAUGAUAGACUGAAGAAGGCAAUGGAAGCAGGAGGCCUGGUUCAGAACACACAGGGCAUGUCCCCAGAGGAAAUUGAGAAUAUGCGAAAGCAGAUGGAGGAGGAAAUUCGAGCUCAGCUGUUUGCCAAUCAGCAGAUGUUAGCUGACAACGCUCAGAGCUGGGAAGAGAAGCUUGCGGCAGCUCAGGUAGAGACAGAGCAGGAAUCUGUGGCUGUGCGCUCAGGGGACAAGAAGAAGAAGAAGCAGCCUCACCUUUUCAACCUUAACGAGGAUCCCAUGCUCUCAGGUGUCGUCUACCAUUUCCUGGAGGAAGGGGAGACAACCUUUGGACGCAAGGAUGCCAGCCCACAGCCCAAUAUCUGCCUGAAUGGUUUGAGCAUCCAGAAGGAGCAUGCCGUCAUAGUUUGUAAGAAGGGAGAGGUGGAGAUCCAGCCCGUGGGUAAGAGUGGAGCUAAGACAAAGGUGAACGGCCUACCCCUGACAGGACCCAAGAACCUCCACAAUAAGGACAGAAUUCUCUUUGGUUCAAACCACUUGUACGUGUUCGUCAAUCCACUGAAACCAGAGACACCUGAUGAUAUUCCAAGGGAGAUAACCUGGGAGUUUGCCCAGAAGGAAAUUGCUCAAGCUAAAGGGUUUGCCACAGGUUCAGGGGCUGGGCUUUCUAAAGAUCAGCAGAUAGCCCAGGAGCAGGUGCUGGAGAUUUUACCCAUGGUAUCAGAGGUGAAUGCUGUCUCAGAGGAGCUGAACAAACACAAGUCAUUUGAGGUGGUUCUCAUUUCCUCUGUGGCUCAGGAAGGCAUGUAUGGGGCUAACCAGGGCACAAAAGUGAUGGUGAAGAUGAAGAACCUGUUGAAUGCCAACACCUGGCUGUGGGAGCGAGGGAAGUUCAUGAACAGGCGUUAUCUCAUACAGGAAAUGUACCAGAAAUACCUGGAUGGUGAAGAUGUGCUGAAGAUCCCCAGGGAGCAGGAUCCCUUCUGGGAACCUCCAGAGGAUGUUCUCAUUGGUACAGCCAAUGUCUUCUUACAGUCUUUGUCCUACGCCCUGGAUUUUGAUGACAAACUGGCCGUCACAGAUUACAAGGGCCAAGAGGAGGGUACCCUGUAUGUAAAUGUGGCCCCAUGCACACAGAAUGGGAAACCCCUGGAUGAGGAUUACUUUGUGGAUAACCCAGAGGAACUUUUGGGAAAACCUUAUCAUUUCAAGGUGACGUUGAGAAGCGCCGAUGUGAUCAAGUCCCGCUUUUCCAAAGGACUUCAUGUGAAAUACCGUGUCUACAAGGACGAUAAGUUCACAGAAACCAAAGUGAUCAAAGGAACUCUGUCUCCAGAAUUUAACCACUCCAAAGUGUUCUCUUACCCAAGCAUCAGCCAGGAUCACCUGGACUUCUUUGACACGGGUUGUAUAACAUUACUGCUGUAUGGGGUUCAGGAAGACGCUUCACCCAAUCCUAAACUCUUAAAACUCACAACCAAGGAAUUGCGUCAAAUGGAACACAUGCAGGAACCUUCCCUGAUGAACAGAAGAACGUCCUUCAGCUCUGACGCACCCACAGAACAGUCCCACCUUAAAUCAGAGCUCAUGCUGUUACAGCGCAAGUAUGAGCGCCUGGCGCAGAAAGAGCGUAGAAUGCAGCUAAUCUGUGAGGACUGGUCCAAGAAGCCAGAAUCAGAGCGUGAUUUUGAUGCAUUUUGGCGAGCUGUUUCGGCAGCAGCUAACAGCAGUGGUACCAAGCUGAGGACACGAGUUCAGAUGUUAAAUUCACUGGUCUACAAGCCAACAAAAAGAAAGCAUGGCGGUAAAGCCAACGGCCAGGUGGAUGCAGGGGAGGCUAAAGGAAGUUCCACAUGCAUUGUCCAAUAAUUUUGUGGUAGAUACUCGUAUCAUAAUCUCACAAAACUACUGUAGAAAUUAUCAGAAGAAAAACGUUGACGCUGCUGUUUGAUCUUGUCUCCAUUCCCUGCCCCAUGCCGUAUAGGCCUGUACACAGACAUGUUUAGGCAGCAUGUUUGAUUUUGUCUCCAUUGCAUGCAAUAGAUACAUCAUAUAGGCCUGUACACGGACAUGUUUAGGGAGCAUGUUUGAUCUUGUCUCCAUUGCAUGCACCAGAUACAUCUUAUAGGCCUGUACACAGACAUGUUUAGGGAGCAUGCGUGAUCUUGUCUCCAUUGCCUGCACCAGAUACACUAUAUAGGCCUGUACACGGACAUGUUCAGGGAGCAUGUUUGAUAUUGGUUGAACCAAUUGUAGGAUAUGACAUAUGGCACCCUGAUCAAAACCCUUAGGAGAAAAUAUUUCUAUUUCUUAUGGUCAUAAAUAGUUAACACAGAAAAAAAUAUGAAUAUUGUAUAAGUAUAACGAUAACAAAUGAGAUUUUUGCAUGAAAAACAUUAUUCUUCAGAUGUGGAUUCAUUCCAUCUGCUGGUAGAGAAUUGUGUUUUCUUGGUUUAUUGUACAUAAUGACAUAAAUGUCAAUGACUGCUGAUGUAGAGAAUUACGUUGUGUUUCGUGAAACAAUUUAUAACUUGAAAAAUCAUAAUAUGUCAUGGAUUACUGCUGCUCUCUAAAUGUAUGCUGUGGUACGGUGUGCUGGGGUACAGUGUGCUGUGGCACAGUAUGCUGGGGUACAGUGUGCUGUGGUACAGUAUGCUGUGGUACAGUACACAUUUGAUCUGUAGUGUACAAAGAUGUAGAGCAUGAUGGCAUGCACCAGAAGGACACAGGUGUAAUGGCAGACGAAUAUGUCAGAUAUUGUUUUCAAAUUAGGACGGACACAAAUUGCUGAAUCAUGGUAUUCAUGUUUUGAUGUUAGAAUGAACAUAUCAAAUGUGUCAAAUACAUUGUCUUGUAGUGAUUGUUACAGUAAUGGUAUUUCUAUGGAAUGGUACUCGCCAAUUCCCCUUUGGUUUAUGGUUCCUACAUGUACCAUUCUCAAAACUGCUGCAUUAUAAGGAAAACUGGCCAUUAAAGAUUAUUAUGUCCGCUAUUCUAUCUUCUAAAAGAGUUUAUCUGUGAUACCGUUUUUUCAGGUUUAGUGUUGUGAACCGCACCACUGUGUGGACUAUGUCAGCCUUUGUGUCUUACAAUAACCAUAUACUGUAUAUGCUGUGUAUUUAUUUGAAAAGUUAAUGUUACAUCCAAACAGGUAUAUACUAUAAUCCUUUAUUCACAAUAUAUAUUUUAAUCUCCCUCCACUUUUGCUAAAGGUGAUAUUGUUUUUAUUUCUGUUCGUCUAUCCAUUCUCUUUACAUGUAUCAAUAAUUUCUGACGUGUUCACGGGAAUAUUUCAAAAUUAGCGUUUUCAUGUAUUUUAUCUGUCGCCACAAGUCCAUAUUUUGUCUCCAGUUUGAUGUUCUUACAAGAAAUGACUUUAUAAACACUCAUUCUCUUUCAAAAAAUGGUACAAAGAUCAUUCUUAAGUGAAAUGGUUAUGGAGGAUCUGGAGCUUAGGGAGAAAACCGAAAUUGUCAGAUGGAUAUGUUUACCAGCCAUUUUCUAUUUCAGUGAAAAUGAAUCUCCAGAAAAUUAUCUGUACACUAAUCCUAUAACCAUAUCCAAAACAAGGUGCCUCAUCAGGACAUAUUUAUUUUCGUAUAUGCCCGUAGACCCAAUGUGUAAACAAAUUCAGGGCAAAUUCUUUGUCUAAGCUGGAAAUUACAUUCCACUUUAUUCACUGGAGAAGCUAAACUGUGAUUAGAGAAUUUUUUUUACACUUUCAGUACUCCAUUUUGAUAUGAUAUCACACUGUUUUGAAAUAAAGUUUACAAACAAAACUUACACUAAUUUAAGACUUAAAUAUGUACUUAAAAACAUUUCCUGAUUGAAAUUAUACACACAACUAGAUAAAGAGGAUAAAUUUCCCAUUUUUUUUUAAUGCAUACGAAAUAUAUUUUGCUUUGUUGACUACACCUCUAUAUUAAUCUUUCCAUAAUUUUCAUAUAUUCCUAUGACAUAUUGGGUCGAUUUGAUUAUUUUCAGCUAUUCUUUUUAACCUUUGACAAGAGGUUUAUGUUUUAGCAAGCAUUUUUUUGUGUGUUAGCAAAUGUCCGGGAGGAAUUUCUAUGAAGUUUUGUUCACAUCUUAGCUUUUGGGCAAGCACCAAUGCAUUAAAUUUUGGUGGAGAGAUGAAUCUGGAUUGGCAUCCAGUAAAUGGUCAGGCUGUUUCUCCCCCUGGCGAUACAGAACCCAUAUAAUGGAUUAUCCCUUUGUCUGUAAUAGGGGAUUUGUACAUGGUAGAAUGCCGUCUAGGUUGACAGUUGGUUUUAGACGAUAUAGUUCAUUAGCCAAGAGUCAAAAUCCAACGUGGACAGAUCUGCAAUAAUUUUGUUACUUUUUAUUUUCUUUAUUUUGUAUUAGAUCUUGACAUUUUUGUUUCAGUUAUAUUUUUAUUUUCUCAUUUGAACAUUGUUUUCUUAGAGGCAGAAUCAACAUUCCACUGUGGUUUUGUCCUUUGUUUUUCUUACAUCUUUUUUUAUUGUCUAUUUUAUGCUCAUUUUUUUCUGAA